GUUGCUUUUUUCACACGACACCCGUUUUUUCACCAAUUUUUUUCAAUUAGUGUGUGCUCAGUCCAAUUGGACUGUAAGUUUAUUUUGUAAUUGUUGUUAUUAUGUGUAAUUUAAUCGAAAACCCCGAACGAAUUUGCUCGUUUAACUAUGUUUCCAGCGCUUAAGCCUUCCUAUCAGUAUUUAUUAAAUGUUUAAUCGUUAACACCCAUUUACAACCAAAACAAAAAUGCAAGAAGUAAGUCCGACAGCUUCGUGCUGGUACCAGUUGGCAAAGAGGUUAAAACUGCCAAAGUUGUUCGAAAUGCCGCGACACAGACGUAACAAGAGGAGACGCAACAAAACGGCCACGCCGAAAAAGACCCCGGCCAAAGCCGCACCCAGCCAAAAUGCCAGCCAGGACCAGUCGAUGGACAAUGUUGUCAGGGCCUGUUUUGAUGACAGCCAGAGGCGCAGCAGGAGCGAACUGUCGUCGUACAACACCGUGUCACCCUCGACGCCACCCCCUAAGAUGAGUGACGUUGGGGCCCCCCUUGACCUGACCCCCAUCAAGAUGAACAGCUUCAACGUGACCAACUUGAACAUAUUGUUUGACUCGAAUUUCGUCCAUGGGGACACGAGUGAGCACUGCGGUUCGACUGGUGAAAGCACGGAGGUCACGACUGCAGACGCCGAACUAAUACAGACGCCGAGAGUCAGCAAAGUUUACCUUGUCAACGACAAGGAAUUCCCCUCUAUAAUCCAGAACAGGCAACUCCACAUGUCAAACGAAGUGAACAUAAAUCCUUAUUUAAAAGAAAAAAUUCGAGUGAAAGACAAUCAUGAUGUGACGUUCUUUAAUCCGCAGAUGUUUAAUUUGAAGGCAUCGACGCCGAUCAGCAAGAUUUGCGCACAGGACGAGAAAAUGCCAGAAUGCAGCUAUUCUGUAGACGCCCGCUUGGACGAAAUGUCGCUGAUGCAAACCAGCCCGAAGUCGUCGCGCUCGAUGAAAAUCCAAUCGCUGCACCUCAGCCAGAGGAAGACGUACAAGCCGACCCCGCGGUACGGACGUCGCGUCAGCAACAUCUCGUACUCCAGCGUGUGCAUAAGACGCCGUUCCGUCGAGAUCGACGACGGCAACGUGCGCGAAAAUCUGCUGAUGAAACUGAAGAAGUACAGCAAACUGUCGGCCAAGUGGUCGAUGAAGGUGGUGGACGUGUGCGCCCAGCUCGGCAUCUCGCUGAAGAACCUAUUCCUUAUCCUACUUAUGAUCCUACAGAGUCUGUCGUCGAUCUGCCACGCGUACCAGGAGAGGCGCAGCAAGAGGGAGGAGUGCAAGUGCGAGCAGUACCAGAAGGAGAUCGGACAGUUGAACGGCAGGAUACAGGAGCUCACCACCGAGCUCGUGGUGAUGCGGACCAGGCUGGAGAUCCAGAAGGAGGGUGAUAAGCUGAACGGUUUCCACGAGUCGCUGCGCAAGGUGCAGGACGAUUUGAAGCAAAUCGUCGAGCUGAAGUCGGAGGUCGAGAGUCUCAAGGCGCAAUUCGCCAAUUUCAAAGUGAGAAUGGGACCAUCAUCAGAAACAACAACAUCAAAUCCAGCACCAGCACCAGCACCAGCACCAGCAACCUUAGUCGUACCGACUAUAAAAAUAACGGAAGCUCCAGCAGUCCUUCCUCCUCCACCUCCGCCGCCACCGAUGCCGGCUUUACUUCCACCGCCGCCCCCGCCUCCAAUGCCUACGGCAGCGUCCAUGCCGUCCACGAAACUCUCAAGCAAAGGCACCAAACACCGCGAGGCAAUGUCCAAAUCGAAGAGCGACUCCAGACCGAUGAUCUCCUUGGACGAAAUACUGAAAGUCAAACUAAAGAAACCAGCCGAUCGUCCGACGUCCACGCCGCAGCGCCGCAGCGCCCAACCGGUCGUCUCGAUGGACAUGCUGCGACAGGUGAGACUGCGCCCGGCCAGCAGGCCGCCGCUCCGGCCCGCCUACUGCUCGACGCCCACCGGUUCGACGACGGAUCUGGAGGCGUCGACGCAAAGCACCAGUCCGCAUUCCAGUCUUAGCCGUUUGCUGAACGACGGCAGCGUAUGGAGGGUUAAACGGCUGCGCAAAGCCAGCAGAUACAGUCUCGAUUCUGUUCACAGGUCGCGCAGCAGUGCCAGCCUGGGUGCUGUUAGUUACGGCGGCUCGGAGAUGCGGGAACGCGUAGACGUGUCGGGAGCGUGAAGGUGAUUCCGGAGCUAAGGGGACGCGAUGCUGUUCAAGCAGCUUGAUACAGUUGUUUUGCAAUUUUUAUUAUUACCGUAUAUUUUAGGAUUUGGCUUCCGCUUGCAGUUAUUACUAAUUAUAUACACAAUAUACUCUUUGAUAUUUUACAAAUGCGUAAUGUAUGUAUGUAUAAAUUCAAAAUUGAUAUACAUGUGUUUAUUAAGUCCGUUUUGUUUGUGAUAAAUUAUGUGACAUACUAAUAUUGUGAUAGAAGGUGUAGGAUGAAUAUAAUGUGAAUAAAAUAAUGUAAUUAAA